ACUUCUUCUCAUCACUACAAUCGUUGUCUGCCCGUUCGACGUCUCUCCAUCAGUCAACAUUCGAAGGGGCGUCCAUAGCCCGACUCUACAAUGGCCUUGUGCUCAGGAUGUCAAAAGUUCAGGGACGGAGUGUUUAGUCCCGAGCCGAUUGCAGAAUCCUCAGGAGAGCUGUUCGUGAUACACGAGAACUACGCCGAGCUAUCGUCCUGUGCAGAUAGCUGUUGCGAGAUGUGCAGAUACCUUUGCCGUGAGCUCUGGUUCUAUUGUUAUGACAAUGAUUGCUACAUCUUUCGACCUCAUUUUGAGGAUGCUGAUCGUAGCAUUGUCCUACGACUCCCUGGUAAAGAACGAGUCCCCUUAUAUUGGCAGCUCAUUUUUGGCGAAGAGUAUUAUGGAUACUUUCGGAAGUUUGGAAGCGGAUCUCGAAAGGUUGUCGAGACUCGAAGAGCAAGCGAGACCCCAGAACAUAUUCAGGAUAUGGGCCGUGAAUGGUUAACAACGUGCUGCACCCAGCACAAGCAUUGCGAACCCUUGAGUGAUGAUGGAAAGCGAUUUCUUCCGACGAGAUUGCUAGAUAUCGGAAUUCCAGGACAGAGAUCUAUCCGCCUUGUCCAUUCAGACGAGACACAAGAGAUGCAGUACGCCACUCUCAGUUACUGCUGGGGAAAUCCGGAAAACGCAGCUCGUACUACGAAAGCAAACUUGACCGAACGACUGGAAGCCAUCCCGGUGGAGUCGUUGCCUCAAACAAUACAAGACGCAGUUGAGGUGACUCGCUCUCUUGGCAUCCGAUAUCUUUGGGUCGAUGCUCUUUGUAUCAUCCAGGUUACGAGUGGAGUGAACGACGACUGGCAAAGGGAGCUGACCAAUAUGGGGAAGAUAUACAAAUAUUCUUUAUUCACGAUCGCUGCAAGUGGGGCUGAGAAUAGUAGUGUCGGUCUCUACUCUCGGAUUGAACCUGCCCGCUGGCCAGUAAAGGACAACUGUCUUUCAGGCGGGUCGCUUUCACUGGGCGGUGAUGGUGGCUUGAUCAUGGAAGCUACGCAACCGAAUUGGAAUAUAGCAGUGGAGGGUUCAGCCUUGUCCAGGCGCGGCUGGGUGUUGCAAGAACGCAUGUCUGCCUCACGGUCACUGUUCUUCACAGAUGAAGGUGUUUUUUGGCAGUGUAAUGAGCUCAAGACUUCUGAAUACGGGUUACUGGUGAAAAAUUCUAUGUUCCCCGAUUAUCCAACAAUGCAGGAGCUUGUCCAGAGUUUCAAGGGGGGCGAUGAAGAUGAACUGUGGACUAAACUUGUAGGAAAGUUCACCGAAAAAAGCCUGACGGUUGCUACAGAUAGAUUACCGGCAAUUACAGGUUUAGCAACAAAUCUUGCUGGAGUUUCUGGAAGAAACCACAGUGCUGGCGUUUUCGAGCAAUCCAUUCACAGAGAACUAGCUUGGCAUGUAUCCGAUAUUUCGGAGACACCAGGGCAACGCUUACCGGGUGUACCUUCUUGGUCGUGGGCAACAUCGAAUCAACCUGUACGCUUCGUGCCAUACAAGAAACUCAGUUUAAAGUUUCUUCCCACCAAAAUUUCUAUGAGCGAGCGCCAGAUAAGAGCUCAUGCCUGUGUUGGGAAUUUAGUCGUGACGAGGUCGACGGCGAUCAAAGCCGCUGGCCUGAAAACCAACCCUUACAAAUUCUCUUCUCAUGAUUACACGAUCGAGUCAAACACAUCGGGUCAUAAAUUCUGGCUCACGUUUGAUACAUUGCUGGAUGCGUUGCCCAAAGAAGGAGGAACUAUAUUUUGUGUCCAAUGGUGCAACGGAUGCAACGACGAUGAAUCCGAUAGAUUGACCGGUGCCUUGAUCGUAGCUCCGGUUGACGGAGAGGAGAGUACGUAUCGCAGGAGAGGUUGGGCGUACAUUCGACAUAGCGGCGUCUUCCUCAAGCAAGAGCCAAGGGAUAUCAUUCUCGUUUGAGACAGAUUUUUGUUCAGUCAGUUCGGACAAUGCGCGUCGGCCUUGAGGCAUGAUAUGGUUUUUCAAGGGCGGAAGCCAUGGCGAAGUCCAAUGUAAAAGGAUGUCGCUAUCUUUGGAAUUCACUGAGGUGCAAAAUCGGGAAAAGUACUGAGCUUUGACGUGUAACAAACACAGAAGAAAGUAC